AUGUUUGACACAAAGAUUUCAUCUAGGAAUAUUAAAAAAAGAUAUAGUUACCAGGCGGUCAAAAAGUUAAAUGAUCAAGAAAAUGAAAAGAAUGAAUAUACAAUUAUUAAGGACUGCAUAAAAAAAUAUGAUGGCCAUCGGCAUUUUGCUAAAAUCAUUAAAAUUAACACAGUGAAAUAUAUUUUAAUGUAUUUUAAUGAUGAACAAGAAUUAUUUAAGGCCACAUAUGACUCAGCAAUGAACAAAGAUUUAAGUAAAGGACUUCAGAUAAAAAAACAAAAUGAACUUAUAGGAAAAGAUGGGUUUCAAAAAGCUGAGAUAUCAAAAGACACUUACAAACAACGCACAGAUUCUUUUGGAGGGCUAACAAUUUGUAGAUGCGUUAACGAUGGGAAAGAAGACUCAGCCAGCAAAGGUAAAGAAAGAGGAAAAGUUGUGGAAUCAGAAAUCGAACAAUUGAACGAAAAUAACAAAGCGUAG